UUUAGGAUAAUGGAUAAGUCAAAUUCACGAGAGUGUCCUCCACCACAUAGAUACAACAAAACAGCACAAGAAGAAAAAAAAGUUUCAUUUUCUUUGCAAAAUCCAAGCCAACAAUGGCGUCCCUUCAGAAUUCACCUGCACUUCAUCGAACUCUCUUUCAGAACUCUUUCCCUCAGAAACAUGGUAGUGGUUUUCGUUCUUCUAGAAGAGAUGGCAUUUCCUUCAUUGUCAAAGGUUCUCAAGAAUCUUCACAUUCUUCAACCGGGUUGAUUUCUCAAGAUGAACCAAGUAGGCGCCAAAUGAUCGCGAUUGGAGCUACUGCUCCGUUAGUCUUUUUGUUCGACCAACAAUCGAUUUCUUUUGCCGCAGAAUCAGGAUUUCAACCCGUUGUCGAUAGGAAAGACGGAUAUUCGUUUGUCUAUCCUUUCGGGUGGCAGGAAGUAGUGAUUCAAGGUCAAGAUAAGGUGUUCAAAGAUGUUAUCGAACCGUUGGAAAACGUCAGCGUAACGAUGAUCCCAACUGGAAAACAAGAUAUUAAAGAGUUCGGAUCCCCCGAAGAGGUUGCUGCAACUUUAAUUAAAAAGGUUUUGGCACCUCCAAACCAGAAAACAAAGAUUAUUAAAGCAACCGAGCGUGAUAUUGACGGAAAAGUGUAUUAUCAAUUCGAGUUCAUUGCUCAGGCUCCAAACUUCACUCGUCACGCUCUCAGCUCAGUCUCUAUUGGCAAUGGUAAGUUUUACACGUUGACGACAGGAGCGAAUGAGAGAAGAUGGGGGAAGAUGAAAGACAGAUUGCAGACCAUAGUAGAAUCCUUCAAACUUUUCAAUGUUUGAUGAAAAUCAAUUGUUGUUUACAUAGAGAUAAUAAACUCUUCGUCGGCAAGAAUGUUCAUUUUUGAGAUUUUAUCGGUUUGUAAUUUGUUAAUAGCUAUAUUCAUCAAUGGAGUCUUUGCGGUUAAA